AUGGAUCCAUAGAACAUUCCUGCUGCUGGAUCGCGACCUUAAAAAUAGACUAUAGAUUAAGCACCUUCUGUUAGAUAAAAUUAACAAUAACGAUCUGAUAUCUUUGGUGUUAAUUCAGGUCCUGUAGUCUAAACACCAAGCAGACAAUAGAAUCGUGCUAAAACAGAUAUUUUUGGGGUUGAAUAGAGUGCAACUUAAUCACUUGCUUAAUCGAGGGUUGAAACAAGAUAGACAAAAACUUAUCAAUCAAAUAUAUUUUAAGUUGAUCCCUCUGCCAAUAAUACACACACAGCUAAAGAGACAAUUAAGACCUAAAAUAAAGGAAAGAAUACUGAAGCAAGACAUCAAGAUCAUGGAAAAGAUUUUUUGUUUGGAAAAAGCGAUUUUGAUGAGUAUAAAUCAAUUAAGCGAACAUAAACAUUGAAGGAAUUCAAACCAAAAGAGGAAUAUGAUCCAGCCAACAGAAGAGUCAAGGAAUUGUAUGGAAAUGAAAUCGGAAAGGAACAUUUACCAACACAAAAGGUUUCAUUAGAAGAAAAAAAAGAAACGGUUAAAAAGUAAUAGAAGUAGGAUGUUGAUCCAUCUUAAAGAAAAUAAUUAGAGAACUCAUCAAAUGUUUUUGGAUAAAACGAAAAGAAAGUUUAUUAAUAACAAGGUAAGUAAGAAAAAUUAACAUCCCAGAAUCAAAAAUGGUCUACUUCUACUAAGGCAGUCGAUAAUAGUGGUAAGAAUUAUGAUCCAGACACAUUUGCAAAGAACAAAAAAGAACAAGAGUUAUAAUCUAGUGUAUUUGGGGGAGAAUAAAAACAAACCCAAAGCACAGCUGCAAAAUAAAAGUUAAUCCCUACAAAUUAAACAUGGCAAUAAACUGAUACUGUUAAGAAUAUGAAAGAUUUCGAUCCUUCUUAAUCAUAAAUAAACGAGAUUGAUCCCUCAUAAAAGAAGAUCGAUACCUUAAAAUCAACUUUAGAUACUCAUGAUUAUAAGGCUUAACCUGUUAAGCAUAAUGAAAAGCUUAGUGUGAAAUAGUAGAAAUACAAAAAGGAUGUUUUUACAAGGGGAGGAGAUAAGGAUCAGGCUCCUUCUCAAUAAAAAUAAAAACAACCAGCCUAAUAAUAAUAAAAAGAAGUACAUGAAUAAUCAGACAUGAUUUGAAUUAUUGUAUGAAUUAUUGUGAUUAUCCUCCAUUUUUUAA